AUGAAGAGAAAACUAUAUAAAUAAUCAUUGUUCGAAGAAAUAGAUUAAUUCAAUCAGAAAGAUGAUGAUGGACAUUAGAGUGAUGAUUCUUCUAUAUCUGAUGAAUUUCUGAACUCAACACUUGAAGCUUAUUGUAUUAAUUCAUUUUUAACUAUUCAAAGAAUCUUAGAUCUUUAUAAGUAGCAAUUAAACUUUUAGUUCAAUUCAUUCAGAAUAAUUAUAAUUUAUUUAAGGAGUAUUUGAUAAAUCUGAAGAAAGUGAAUAAUCAUUUGACUUCAAUAUUACAAAUGUAUAAUCUUUUACUUAAAUUUAAGAUUGAUAGUGAUAAUAGAACCACCUUAAUGAUGAGAAACAUACCAUAAACUUACACUAAAGAAAUGAUUAUGAUGGAAAUAGAUCCAAAAUUCAAAAACAAAUUUGAUUAUUUUAACUUCCCUUUUGAUGGCACAAUAAAUCCUGGUUAUGCUUUCAUCAAUUUAAAAUCUAAAUCCUACUUAAGAGAUUUCUAUACUUACUUUAAUGGAAGAAAGUGGAAAAACACUCCUUCUUACAAAGUAUUUUAUUUCAAUUUAUAUAUAUAGCCUUGCUAUUUGAAAUAUGCCAAAAUUUAACAUAAAAAAUAUAAGCAAAUAAAUCCUUAGAUCUAUUUACAAUAAAGUAGUGUAAUAAAACUAGUCCAGAGUUAAAAAUUACAAUGUAAUUUGUGA